AUCCUUGCUGCUGUCAUCGAGGCGGCCGGUAUUUUUAGGGGACAGCGGCAGCUGCAAAAGCACUUAUCGGUCUUCCACGAACAAUGACACUCAGGGUGUCUAACGGCAGAACGCCACACAGAUUGCGGGGACCGCUCUGAAGUUGUAGCCGUUCGGAACGAAAACAGAAGUUCGGCUCCGAAACACAAAGUUAUUCAAGAUUUAAAGAAACAUGUACUGGCAAAGCACGUGGGACACUUGACCUGGAUUUAUUUCACACCGCAUGCCAGAGCGGGGCGUCGGUAGGCCCGGCCGUUGAAGACAAGCGACGUUGAUUUCUUAGCUUGAAGACAAUUUCUGCGUGUGCGGAAUGUGUGUUGACGUUGUCGUUCCAGGACUCCGACGCGAGAUACUUGUACUGCGCAGUCCGAGACAGUCCCGCCCCAGCAUUGGCAGUGAGCGACUGAGCUGCUGAGUAGAGGCUGGCCCUGCAGCAGACAUGGACGUGUUUGGCGGAGCGCCCCGCUUCCUGGCCUACCCCAGGCCGGUGGUGGUCCAGAGCGGCACUGACGCCGUUCUGAAGUGCCAGAUCGGCGGAGACCCCCGGCCCGCCGUGAUCUGGGAGAGCAACAACAUUAAGAUCGACACACAGGGGCGGUACCGCGUGUUUGAGGACGGCAACGUCUACAACCUCAUCAUCUCCUCUGUGACAUCCGAGGACAGCGGGCAGUACAUCUGCAAGGCCAAGAACAGUAUCGGGGAGACGUAUGCGGCCGCCACGCUCAAGGUGGAGGGCGAGGCCCAGGAGCUGGAGGUCAGGGAGGAGAACAAGCCUCGUUUCCUCAUCAAGCCCCUCUCCACCCGUGUGGGCCGCGGGGACGAUGCUGUCUUCUCCUGCAAGCUGUGGGGGAACCCGAGGCCCGACGUGGUCUGGGAGAAGGACGGACGGAAGCUCCACGAGAUCUUCGAGAGCACGCACUUCAGCGUGGGGUGCCAGGACGGCGGCUGGUUCCAGUUGAAGAUCUUCAAGACGCGUGCCCCCGACGGCGGGGUGUACACGUGCAAGGCCCGGAAUGAGUUUGGCGAGGGGCUGGCGGGUGCAGUGUUGCUGGUGGAUGCCGGCCCGGGGCAGGGGGACGAUGGGAAUCGAAACGGGUACAACAACAGCCACUGGAAGGCCCAACAGGGCAAGCAGAGGAGUGGCAGGCUGAUGUCCAAUAGACUCAGAGACGACGGCAUGACUAAGUCCACCAAAGUAAAGAUGUUUGCGGUGACUGAGGGCAAGCAUGCCAAGUUUCGCUGCUUUGUGACGGGAAAACCCAAACCGGAGAUUAUAUGGAGGAAGGACGGUCGGCUCAUUCUCUCGGGGAGACGCUACUUGUGCUAUGAGGAUAGAGAGGGAUAUUUCACCCUGAAGGUGCUGUACUGUAAGCAGAAGGACAAUGGAGUUUAUGUUUGCGCUGCGUCCAACACUGCGGGACAAACACUCAGCGCUGUACAUUUGACUGUGAAAGAGCCUCCGGUGAGGUUCAAGCAGCCGCUGAUCGACCUGGAGGUGUGGGAGAGGGACCUGGCCGUGCUGGAGUGCGAGGUCCCUGAGGAUUCGGUCCCCAUCACCUGGUACCUGGAAGACCGCCGGCUCCAGCCCGGUGCGAAGUACGGCAUGGAGGAAUGGGGCACCAAGAGGCGGCUCACCAUCCGAGACAUCGGCGUGGACGACGACGGGAUCUACCUCUGUGAGAUGCCCGACGGGGGCCGGAGCAUUGCGGAGGUGGCUGUGAAAGGCACUAUUGUCCGGAAACUGCCGAGGAAGGUGGAUGUCCUGGAGGGAGAAAACGCUGCAUUUUGUGUUGAGGUGGAGGAGGAGGAGAUGGACAUCCACUGGUACAAGGAGGGAGUGGAAUUGCGAGAGACGCACCAGACCAUCCUCAAAUCAUUCGGUCGCACUCAUAUCCUGGUAUUCGUCAACACCAAUCCUCAGGAUUCUGGACUGGUCAUGUUCUUCGUGGGCAGGUCCAAAACUUCGUCUCAGCUCAGAGUGAAAGCUGCCAAACACUCCCCUCCAAGCUGUCCUGUGAGCGUUCAGAUCAACACAGAGCGAGCCAAUGCUGCUCUGCUCUCUUGGGUUCCCGCCCAGGACUCACGAAAGAACCCCCCGUCAGGCUAUGUCCUAGAGCGGCAGGAGGUGGGGACGGGCUCCCAGGAGUGGCUCCAGUGUCUGACCACAGACUCCGCCACCUCCGUAGAGAUCCUAGGGGACAGUGUUCCCUGCGAGGCAGACUACCGCUUCCGAAUCUGCAGCGUCAACAAGUACGGAAAGAGCAACAACGUGGAGUUUCCCCGAGCGGUUCACUUAGUCCCUGUGGCCAGGAUACAGGCUCCUCUGCAGGAUGCCUUGGUGCCAGAGGGGCAGGACGCCUGCUUCACCAUCGAGCUCUCUGCCUCAGUGAUCGGCACGUGGUUCUUGAACGGCACUCAGCUGCAGGACGACGAACGAUACACAACGAGGCGGUCUCGAACGCACCAGUCGCUACGCAUCAGGGGUGUACGAGAAACAGACAACGGGGCUGAAAUCACAUUCAUAGCAUACGGCAUUAGGGAUUCUGCCGCAUUAUACAUUCAAGCUCCUCUGGUGAAGUUCUCCCCACUAUCAGAAAUGGACCGUAAUAAGUUUAUAGAAGAGGGGAACCCUAUUGUGCUGUACUGUGAGCUGUCAGACCCUGCGGCCCCAGUGCACUGGUACAAGAAUGGGGUGGAGCUACAAACAACCGAGGGCCUUCACAUCCAAUCAGAAGGCACAAUGAGGCGGAUUGUCAUCCAAUCGGCAGAGUUUUCACACUCUGGAGUCUAUUGCUGCGACGCCAUCGAUGAUGUCAUCAGAUUCAAUGUGGAAGUAGAAGCCCCGCCUGUGAAGUUCACACCACUCCCAGACGAGAAGAGAGAAAGGGCCAUCCAUACUGGCUCCCGGAUGGAGCUCCAGUGUGAGCUCUCAGACCUUUCAGCCACAGUGCACUGGUACAAGGAUGGCUCCAAGCUCCUGCCUCAGAGCGGAGUAGAGAUGCUCAGUGAUGGCUUGUCUCGGAUGUUGGUAGUCGACGUGGCAGACUUUAUUCACUCUGGGUUAUACAGCUGCAAGACUAAAGGUGAUGCCAUCACGUUCAACGUGGACGUCACAGUGCCACCAGUGAAGUUCUCAGCGAUUCCAGAACAACUAAGGAAUAAGACCAUUGAGGCCGGCUGCCCCAUUGUACUGCAGUGUGUGGUCUCGGACCCAGAGGCCCAGGUCUGCUGGUAUAAGGGUCCAACGCAGCUUCUUUCAAACGCUGAAUUAGAAAUCCAAUCGGAAGGCCACACAAGGUCUUUAGUUAUCCAGUUCGCCGAACCUGGACAUUCUGGUGUUUACAGCUGCGCCUCCGAGGACGAUACCAUGGAGUUUCGAGUGGAGAUCAGAGCUAUACCGGUGAAGUUCUCGACUAGUUUUGAUGUUGAGCAAACCAAGGCGUUUGAAGUGGGUGCGGCAUUUGAACUGGAGUGCGAGGUCACCGAGCCAACCGCUGAGGUGUGCUGGUACAAAGAUGGCCACCAGCUCUGCCCACAAAAUGGCUGGGACAUUAACUCUGACAGCUCCUUUAGGAGGCUCAUUGUCCAAUCAGCUGAGCUAUUUCAUGCGGGGCGGUACAGCUGUGAGACCUCUGAUGACACUAUCCAGUUCACUGUGGAAGUCAAAGCUCCAAUGUUGCCAUUGUCAUCCUCACCGGAGGUUGAGGAAAGCAAUUUGAUUGAGGUAACCUGUCCCUUGGAACUGCAAGGUCAAUGGUCAGACUCUGCAGUCCCGGUGUUGGGGCCGCAGGACGAAGAGCAGGACCAAACAAGCCAACCUGGCUUUGAAACUGGAGGCUUCGAGCAGACCCUCGUAAUCGAACCGACCCACUCUUCCAAAUCUGGAGCCUACUAUUGUGCAACAGAAGACGAUGUUGCCAAGUUAAUUGUUCAAAACGAAGCUCUGCCUGUGACAUGUCCACCUGGUUCUGCAGUUGAGAAGACCAAACCUAUUGAAGCACAGAGCCCCAUCGUUCGGCAGUUCGAGAUCUCAGACCCAGUUGCCAAAGCCUGUUGGUACAAGGAUGGAACACAGAUCUACCCACAAAACAACAGCCAAUCAGAAACUGCCAAACAGACUAUGUUCCUCCCUUCAGAUGGCUUAUCCUGUGAGAAGAAGUCUGGCUGUGAGAGAAAAGCAGAAGUGCAGUUUAAUGUGGACAAAAAAGCAUAUCAGUGUCACUCUGGUGACGACAGUGUUGCAGUAUCUGAUGAGUCUCACGAAAGCACUAUGGACACAAAAGCUAUACCUCCCAGACACUCGCCGGACCAAGCUACAGAGCCAAGGAAGUCCAUUGAAGUGGCUAACUCAACAGAAGACGAAACCAUCUUGCAGAAGCCAAACUCUUGGGUCUCCCGAAAGAUAGGAGAGCCUUGUAAAUAUAUAAAGCAUUCCGGGCCAACUCCAGCUCUUAAUCCAACAAGUCAAGGUUAUGAUGAGCAGAUUCCAGUAUGUUCAGAAGUGCCUUCCAGCAGCCGACAAGCGACAACUGUUGAUGAUGUGGAUUGCCUUGAAUCAACGUAUGCAGUGAUGGUCGGAUCUGGUGCAAACCAGCACUGUAUACAGACUACAGAAGUCCAAAUUGAGAAUCUCCGACGCAAUACACAGUAUUCACCAGCUCCUCUAGAAAAUGUGACAACUUCAACGCACACAGUGACUGUCCAAGCACAUAAGUAUUGUGCCGCACUGCAAACUGCAACCGUGCAAGCAGAGGAACCCGGCAGUGCCCAAGAGUGUACAGCUUUCAAAUCCCAGGAAAUCUGCAAGUCCUCGAAGAUGAAAAAUAUCCAAUCAAAGAAACUUUGUCGCUCCUCAAAGACAGAAAAGCUCCAAUCAGUAGGGCUGUCUAAAUGCUUCCAGGCUGAAACUAUUCAAUCGGAGGGAGUGUCUCGGGGCUUACAAGCUGAAAAGAGGCAAUCACAUGGACUUUCUAGUUGCUUACAAGCUGAAACUAUCCAAUCAGUGGGACUGUCUCAGUGCUUAGCAGCAGAAACUAUCCAAUCACAGGGACUGUCUAGUUGCUUACAGGUUGAAACUGUUGAAUCAGUGGGAGUGUCAAGCUGCUUUGAGACAGAGAGUCACCAACUGGUGGAGCAGUCUAGUUGCUUACAGGCUGAAACGGUUCAAUCUGUGGGACUGUCAAGCUGCUCAAAGACUGAAGGUCACAAAUCAGUGGAGCUGUCUGGUUCCUUACAGACCCAAACUAUCCAAGAAAAGGAAAAUUCCAAACAGAUUGCAACUGUCCUAUCAGAUGGGCUAUCUGGCUGCUUACAGACUAAAACCCUCCAAUUAAAUGACCCAUGUGACUCUAUAAAGUCUGCAACUGUCCAAUCAGAGGAGGUCAGCAACUCAUUCAGCAGCACUGUCCAAUCAGGUGAGCUGCGUAACUCAAGCAAGACCGCUAUUAUAAGCCAAUUGGAUGAGCUUUCUGACUCUUUACAGUCUGUCACUGCCCAAUCAGUGGACCUCUGGGACUCCUCACAGUCUGUCAAGGCACAGUCAAAGGAGCUCGGUAACAUCCGUCAGAUGGCAACCGUCCUAUCGGUGAAGCUCUUUGACUCCUCCCAGCCAAAUAUUUUACAAACGGUGGGAGCUGGUAUCAACAUCUCAGAGAAUGGCUCUCUGCAAAUAGGAGUGCUUCGUAGUUCACCUGAGGUCAUAUCCCUUCAACCUCAGGUCAUACACAGCCCUCUGAAGGCAAUGACUGUGAUGCCAGGGAAGGAAUUUGACCUGCUGCACUCCACAACCAUUCAAUCCAAAGACGUAUUGCAUAACACAAGAGAAGCUGUACCAAUUCCAAUGGAAGAGUCAUAUUACAACAUGCAAUUGACAGCAAUCCAAACAGGGGGAAACACCCUGGAGACAGAAGGAGAUGCAUUACAUUGCUUAGUUUACUCAAAGCAAAGAGCUAAUGUGUAUUCAUUAGAAUCUUAUAAGGCUAAGCCAGUAUCUGCCCUCCAAUCAGAAGAGGUCUAUCUGUCAAGGGCAUGUGACAGUCAGUGGGAUGAUGAUGGUGAUGAUGACAUUGCGCUUAAAGUGGAUGUCGAAGCCCCUCCGGUGAGAAUCAAAGCGGCAGUUUGUGAGACUGAGAGGAACCAGUCAUGUGAGGUAUCGGAUCCUUGCGCAGGAGUGUCUUGGUACAAGGAUGGGCUAAAGCUGCUUGACCUGAAUGGGCAGGCGAUGGGUGGUUCGGAGGGUUCUGUACGAAGUCUCUCUGUUGAAUCAGCGCUCCCGUACCACGCAGCUCCUCCUGUGAAGUUUUCAGCCAUGUCUGAAGCUGAUCAGACACAAACAGUCAUGGUGGGCUGUCCCAUUGCUCUACUCUGUGAGCUCUCUGACCCCACUGGGCAAGUUCACUGGUCCAAAGAUGGAGCAAAACUUAUACCUCCAUCUGGAGUUGACAUCCAGUCGGAUGGAAAUAUCAGGAAACUGACGAUCCAGUCGGCCCAGAGGUCUCAUUCUGGAGUGUACCAAUGUGAGACUAAGGAUGAUGCCAUCCAGUUCAGCGUGGACGUGAAAGCUCUGCCUUUGAAGUUCUGUGAACUUCCAGAGGACGAGAGAAGCAAGUCAGUGAAAGAGGGUUCACCUCUGGUUCUUCGAUGUGAGCUCUGUCAGGACACAACAGCUGAGGUCUUCUGGUCCAGGGAUGGAACCCAGCUGCUCCCGGGUGACAUAGACAUACAGUCAGAUGGCCUAGUGAAGAAAUUGUGCAUCCAUUCUGUGGAUAGAACCCAUGCUGGCGUCUACCAAUGUUCAACGGCAGGUGACUCAAUCACCUUCACGGUGGAAAUCAAAGGCUGCUCACAGAGAAUCAAGCCAAUCCCGAUGUCAGAAAAAUUCAAGGCCCUUUCGGUCGGCUCUCCUGUAGUGCUCCAGUGUGAGCUUCAAGACCCAGUUGCCCAGGUCUCAUGGUGCAAAGAUGGCGUGGAGCUUUAUUCGAAAACGGGUCUCGAUAUGAAAAGAAAUGGCCACGUCCGGAAGCUAGUGAUUAAUUCCGCUAAGGCCUCUGACUCUGGCCUCUACAGCUGUUGUCUUUCACUCGAUGUUGUGACAUUCCAAGUGGAGGUCCAAGACCCCGCAGCUGAGGUCAAUAGGUACAAAGAUGUCGUUCAGCCACUUCCUCUGAGUAACUUCGACGUCCAAUCAAAUGAUGAGUUGAGAUCAAUGAACAUCCAAUCAGCAGAAGCCAGACACAGGGGCCUUUACAGCUGUGAAGCGAUGAACGAUAUCCAUAUAGAAUCCAAGGUGGAUGUUGCAGCUCCCGUCUGGUCGUCAAUGGCCCCAGAGGUUGGGAGAUGCCUCGCGGUAGCAGAGCCCAUCUCCCAGCAGAGAGAGACAGCACAUCUCAAAAGCCGUGCCCACUUGUCCAAUGAGGACAGAGUGAAUCCCCUGCCAAAGUGUGUGACUAUCAGCCAAUCAGAGGACAGAAAGAGGACAGUGGUUACGCAACCGGCCACCAGCGUGGGUUCAUUCUCCGGGGUGUGCAAUCUUAAAACAGAUGAUGUUUCAGAUUUCAACGAUUGCUAUGUGGAGGUGAAAGUGCAUCCGGUAACUUUCGUAAACAGCCCCGAGGAGGAGCGUUUCAAAAGCGUUGUGGAGCAGGACCAGCUGGUUCUAGCAUGCGAGGUGUCACAGGCGGACGCCCCGGUCCAGUGGUACAUGGAUGGAGUAGAACUCCAAGCGUGUGACAACGUUACAAUGAGAUCAGCUGACACAGCCAGAACUCUGAGUAUCCGUAGCGCCCGGCUGUCGGACACGGGGACGUACACGUGCAGAGCUGGAGACAGCGCUUUAAUCUUCAAGGUUAACAUACGAGAGCCCCCGGUGACGAUAGUUUACCCCAAAGAAGACGUCCAUCUAGACCGCCAUGUGCCAGAGGAAAUCAUACUUAGCUGUGAGCUGUCGCGCCCAAACGGUGUGGUUAACUGGUACAAGGACGGCCAGAAGUUGCAGGAGAGUGAAAACAUCAAGCUCAAAGUGGAAGGCCCCUACCGAAGACUUAAGCUCAUUUGCAGUAGAGUUGAGGACUCUGGGGAGUAUGUCUGUGACACAGCAGACGAUUCCAUAUUCUUUCACCUUAAAAUCACAGAACCGCCCGUUCGCAUCGUGUCUCCCAGCCAGUCCCAGAUGGAGCUGUGCCAGCAGACGUCCGAGAGGAUGGUGCUGAGCUGCGAGAUAUCGCGGGCCAACGCGUUGGUGCGCUGGUACCGAGAUGGGCUGGAGGUGGAGGAGAACAAGAACCUGAUCCUGGAGGUGGACGGCAUCUACCGCAGACUCAUCAUCCCCGAGACCAGCGUCCAGGACUCAGCAGAGUAUGUAUGCGACACGGCGGAUGACUCGGUCACGUUCUUCGUUAACAUAGCAGAGCCCCCCGUUCGCUUCAUGCGUCCGAGGAAGAUGGCGAGCGUUGUGGAGAGAUUCGCCGGCGAGGCGAUGGUGCUGGACUGCGAGGUGUCCCGCGCCAACGCCGAGGUCACCUGGAAGAGGAACGGGGAGGAGGUGGAGGACUCAAGAAAGGUGACCAUCCUGGAGGAUGUGGUUCUGCGCCAGCUCACCGUCCACUGCCUCAGCCUGGAGGACGCUGGCCAGUACGUCUGCGACGCAAAGGACGACGUCAUGGACUUCCAAGUCAAGGUCAAAGAGCUUCCUGUUAGAAUCCUGGGAAAGACAGACGCAACCGCUGAGAAGAAGUUCCUGGUGUCCGACGACAUCAUCUUGGUGUGCGAGCUGUCGCGGGCCAACGCGUCCGUCAGCUGGUACAAGGACAGCGUGCUGAUUGACAACGACACACGCGUCUGCUGCGAGGAGCAAGGAGCAUUCCGGUCGCUGGUGGUGCUCAGUGCCGAGCUGGAGGACUCUGGAGAGUAUAGCUGUGAUGCCGGAGACGACAAGAUGUUGUUUUGCAUCACCGUCAAAGAGCCCCCUGUGCAGAUCAUUGGGAACUCCGGAACGCCAGAGCAGCACAUUCUUGUGGCCGGAGAUGACCUUAUCUUGGAGUGCGAGGUCUCGCGCCCCAACUGCCCUGUCCAGUGGCUGUGGAACAGCAAACUGUUGAAAUCUGAGGACCGUAUCAAAAUCGACAGCUGUGACGUUGUACGCAGACUGGUUCUCUCUGGGCUCCAACCCUCUGACUCGGGGAAAUACAUCUGCGACGCCAUAGACGACAAAAUGAUCACGUUGGUCGAAGUCCAGCAGCCACCAGUCAAGUUUGUGAACAAGCAGCCAAACAACAACAUCUCUGCCUGUGAAAACGAGUGUGUCUCGCUGUGUGCCAUUGUGAGCCAAGAAAGAGCUAAUGUGCGGUGGCUGAAAGAUGGCCGCCUGCUAAACGAAGACAACGUUCAUAUUUCCAUUGACGGCGCCAACCACAAUCUCACCAUUAACCCCCUGAAGCUCAGCAACGCUGGAGUGUACGUCUGCGAUGCGAACACCGAUGAGAUGAGUUUCACUGUCAUUGUUAAAGAGAUUAAGGCAACAUUUAGCCUUCCUCUGGAGAACAUAACAGGACUAAAGGGCAGCAUGCUUACGUUACGAUGUGAGCUCAGCAAGCCUAAAGGAGAUGUCCAGUGGCUUAAGAACGGCCAGGAGAUCUCCCCAAGCCGCCGACACACAAUAAGGGCACAGGGGCGCGAGAGAAGCUUCGCCAUCCAUCAGCUGGCAGAUGAGGAUGCUGGGGAGUACACCUGCGAGUCCACCGAUGACAGGACCUCCACCGUCGUCACCGUAGAAACCCCUCGUACUGUGGAGUUCAUCGCCGAGCUCCACAACAUCACGGUGCGCGAGGGCGAGGACGCCACCUUCAAGUGUGUGGUCUCGCCCGAGGACACCCACCUGACGUGGUGCCUCAACGGCGAGCGGGUCCACCAGGACGACAGGUUGACCGUCAUAAGCAACGGUCUCUGUCACACCUUCUGCAUCAAGAAGUGCAGAGUAUCAGACAGCGCCAGGGUGACCGCCGAUGCAGAGGGGCUGGCGGUGUCCCAGGCCAACCUCCAGGUUCAAGAGCAACAGGUGCUCUUCACCAAAAGCAUGGCGCCUCUCACUGCCGAGGAGUUUGGCGAGGCGACGCUGGAGGUGGAAGUGAGCCUGGACUCCGGGGAGGUGCAGUGGAUGAGGCAGGGGGUGCUGCUGCACCCUGGGGCCAAGUACAGCCUGAAACGGAAGGGGCGCAAGCACACCCUUACGGUCCACAAGCUGGCUGUCGCCGACCGGGGCAUCUACAGCUGCGAGUCACUCCACGAUCGCACGCAAGCCCAGCUCACUGUGGAGCCGAGAAAAGUCACCAUCAAUACGGGUUUAAAGGACAUCUGGACCACCGAGAGAGAGACGGCCUCGUUUGAGGUGGUUCUGUCCCACGCCGACGUCCCCGGCUCAUGGCUGAGGAACGGCGUCCAGCUGAAGCCCACCAAACACUGGCGCAUCAGCACCAAAGGUCACGUCCACAGCCUGACAGUGUCCAACCUGGCCGUUGAGGACACCGGCAGCUUCUCCUUCUGCGUGGAGAACCUCAGGACCUCCGCGAGGCUCGUCGUCAGGGAACCACCGGUGACGUUCCUCAGACAUCUGGAGGACCAGAAGUUUCCAGAAGGUUCAGUGGUGUCGAUUGAAUGUGAACUGUCGCGACACAACGUGGACGUUCGGUGGAUGAAGAAUGGAGCAGAGGUAAAGCCAGGGAAGGACCAGCGUAUCUUUGCAAUGGGGAGAAAACGUUUCCUGCAGAUCAUGAAAGGUGUUGUGGGUGAUUCUGCCCAGUACACAUGUGACGCAGCGGACACCUCUACUUCCUGCACAAUCGAAAUCUAUGAGCGAGAGGUGCUGGUGGUGCAGGGACUACAGGACCAGGACAUCCAGGAGGACCAGAACGCUGUGUUUGUGUGCGAUCUUUCGGUGGAGGACGUCCCAGGGGAGUGGUACAGAAACGGGGACAGGAUCCAACCCACCAGCAGCAUAAAGAUACGUCAGGAAGGGACCAAACAUUUCCUGCUGAUGGUGAACGUGCGAGGAGAGGACUCUGGAGAGAUCAAGUUUGUGGCCAGACACGUUGAAUCUGUGGCCUCCCUGAAGGUGGAAGAGCUCCCGGUGAACAUCGUGAACCCCCUGCAGGACCAGACGGUGGUGGAGCGCAGCCGCGUGCUGCUGGACUGCACCGUGUCCAACCCGCGCUGCAGCAUCCGCUGGUACAAGGGCCCCACGGUCAUCCUGCCCUCGGAGCGCUUCGAGAUCUGCAGCGAGGGCUGCUACCGCAAGCUCAUCAUCCAGCCGGUGGAGCUGCGGGACCAGGGCACCUACAGCGUGCAGGUGGGCGAGUACAGCUGCUCCGCCCACCUCACCGUCGAGGCCCAGUCCGUAGUGAUGGUGAGGCCCCUGGAAGACGUGGAGGUGGGGGCCCCUGGUGACGCCUGCUUCCAGUGUGAGAUCUCCCAUCCGGUGCUGCGGGCCCCGGUGUGGAGCCUGAGGGGGGAGCAGCUGCAGCCCAGCGCCACCGUGUUCCUGGAGAAGAUGGGCCCCAUCCACAGACUGACCCUCAGGGAGACAGCCCCCGACAUGAGCGGGGAGGUGGGCUUCACGCUGGGCCCCGCCUGCAGCACCGCCAAGCUCACCGUGCGGCAGGUGAUCCCUGAUUGACAGGGUGUCAUCGCCCAGCUAUAGGAUUAACUUACAGUGCACUGGUUGUUUUGACCUGACAAUAGUCAAGAGAUGUAAACAAACUAAAAAGCAAAUGCAUGCACUCAUACACUAUACUGUAAGGUGCCUUGGUUACAAAAUGGAUUAUAUUAUAUUAUUAUUGAAAGCUGACUUGAUGGUGUUGAAUAAUGUUGUGAGCGGUGAGGUAUCCCAUAUGUGAAAAGUCAUAAUUUUUUUUAGCUGCAAGCCAUGGCCUAACAACACAUAUCAACUUUUUAUAAUAGUCGUGAUUUUUCAAACCUCCAUGAAAG